UGCAUCCACGUACACGUGUGGUCCCCGCGUCCCAGAGUGAAGAGGUUGGAAAAACAGCAGCCGGGCGAGCAGUAGCGUCAGAUAAGCAUCUGUGUCUUUGUGGGGACCCCACAGCCUGGCACACAGAGCACUUGCCCUCUGUCCACCAUGGACAACGAGUCAUGCUGCGUCAUCGAGGGGGAUUCCAUCCCUCAGGUGAUGCCACCACUGCUGAUCCUGGCCUUCGUGCUCGGCGCCCUGGGCAAUGGCAUCGCCCUGUGUGGUUUCUGCUUUCACAUGAAGACCUGGAAGCCGAGCACUAUUUACCUUUUCAACUUGGCCGUGGCCGACUUUCUUCUCAUGAUCUGCCUGCCCUUUCGGACAGACUACUACCACAGACACAGACGCUGGGCCUUUGAGGAUAUUCCCUGUCGGGUGGCGCUCUUCAUGCUGGCCAUGAACAGGGCUGGGAGCAUCGUCUUCCUUACGGUGGUGGCUGUGGACAGGUAUUUCAAAGUGGUCCACCCCCACCAUAUGGUGAACACCAUCUCCAACCGGACUGCGGCUGGCAUCGUCUGUGCCCUUUGGACCAUGGUCAUCCUGGGCACUCUGCAUCUUUUGAUGGAGAACCAUCUGUGUGUGCAAAAGGAGACCAUAUCUUGUGAGAGCUUCAUCAUGGAGUCAGCCAAUGGCUGGCACGACGUCAUGUUCCAGCUGGAGUUCUUCCUGCCCCUUGGCAUCAUCUUAUUUUGCUCCUUCAAGAUUAUCUGGAGCCUGAAGCAGAGGCAGCAGCUGGCCAGGCAGACUCGGAUGAAGAAGGCCACCCGGUUCAUCAUGGUGGUGGCCGUUGUGUUCAUCAUAUGCUACCUGCCCAGCGUGUCGGCCAGACUGUAUUUCCUCUGGACGGUGCCCACGAGCGCUUGCGAUCCGUCUGUUCACGUAGCCCUCCACGUUACCCUCAGCUUCACCUACAUGAACAGCAUGCUGGACCCCCUGGUGUAUUACUUUUCAAGUCCUUCGUUCCCCAAAUUCUACUCCAAGCUCAAAAUCAGCGGUCUGAGACCCAAACGUCCGGGAGGCUCCAAGACACGGAGGCCAGAAGGGACGCCAAUUCCAACCUCUGUCGCAAGAAUUGCAUCAGUGUAACAAAUAGCUUCCAAAGCCAACCCGAUGUCCAGUGGCAUCUCCGCAUGUGUUGAAUGGCACUAAAACAGACAAACAGACAAAAUCAAGGAGGACAGAUGGACGACUUAGAAAUACUUCAUGCUAAGGGGUAGGGGGCUUUGAAAAUGCCACCCUUUCUUAGCUGUAUCUUCCUCACUGUUGGAAAUGAAAUUCGGGUUACUACGCUUUUUUGGAAGGUCCCAGUUGAGAUGUGAGUCGGUUGCAUUUAUAUGAUCUGAUUACAAUGACAAGGGACAAUAUAUGCAUGUAAUGGGGCAUGUGUGUGUUGGGCAGGGGGUUAGGAAGAGCUGGGCUCCUGUGUAAUUUUAAAUGGCUGAGUGAAUAGGUACCAAUGUUUAAACUAGUCCUGUGCUCUCUCUGAGGGAGUUAGUGAACUUAAUGACUUACCAGUAUUUCCUGUCUUCUGACCUUAAAUUGUUACUUGUCUUGGGAAAUAGAAACUGAAGUAAGUCAAUACUUUUAUUUCAGUCUGAGUGAGGCUCUUUAGAUUGGGAUGUCUUGAUCCUGAUGAUUUUGAUCUUCACAGGGGCCCUAUAUACGUUUCUGACUUCUCAGUAGCCCAGGAAGAAUGACUGCAAAAUAAUUCGCUCCGACCUCCUUCUAGCUCCACAUUUUCCUGCAAGUUGUUCCAUCUCAAAGAAGGUGCUGAGGGAUGUGUUUACCUGCCCUGAUUUUUCUAGUGGGAGCUGAGUGCUUGAAAAAAUCCUGUUGGCCUUUGGGAAGUGCUGAGUCCAGCGUUCAUGCUUUUGACUGCUUGUUAUGUGACUAUGAGUUGAAAUUAUUCAUUCAGUCAUUCUCCACUUAUUUACUGAAUUCAUAUUCUGUGCCAGGCACUGUGCUAGUGUCCCUUUUAGCUGGAGGGUCAUCAGUCAACCCUUGUGUGACAGCAAAGUUUUUUUUGGGGGGGAUGGGGAAGUGCGGCAAACAGAAGUUAAUGACCUUCACGCUUUCAAUGAAUAUAGUUUCUAGACCUGUUCUCUGCAAACAUUAGUGUUUUCCUCUUAUUGGAGGAAUGUGUACAAACACCAAAGGGCAAAAAGGGUAAGUGUCACUUAUGCACAUGAGUUUCCCAAACAUGUACCUAUAUCCACCAGAACUAGAUGAUUCUAUGAAAUGACAGGCUGCCCUGCCCUAGAUUAGGAGGAAAGAUUUCAAGCCAACCUUAGCUCCGUUCUCAUGCCACAAAGUUGUGAAAGUCACUCUUGGCUCCUUUAUUUACACUUUCUCAACUUUCUAGGGUACUCUCUGCACUUCAGGACCUUACCGGCUUUUAGUUCUUUGGCCUCGAAACACCCCUAUCGGCUGUCUUUACUGUUUCCUUUUUCAGAGGCCCUGCACAGCCUCGUGAUGAAAAGCGGGGGCUGUAGAAAGUCAGAUGAAUCUAAGUUUGAAUCCCAGCCCAACCACUUACUAGAUGUGUGAUCUGGGGGCAUAUUUUAUUUAACCACUUUUAGCUUCAGUCUCCUCACCUGUCAAACGGGGGUAACAAUAAUGUUGACUUCAAAAGAUCGCUGAGUGGAUUCAACGAACAUAAGAUCCUGAGGCAUAGGGACAUUGUUCACUGUGACAUCCCCAGUGCCUAGAAGAGGGCUCGCACACAGUAGGUGCUCAAUAAAUAUUUGAAUGCAUGAAUAAGUGCAUGUAAAGAAUUAAGCACGGUGUCUAGCAGUAAGUGCUCAAUAUUAUGACUUAUUAUGUUAAUACACUUUACACAUAAAGAAACUGAGGCAC